AUGAGUCCCAGGAGAACUUCAUCUGUGUCUAUGAUGCUGUUGCUGUUCCUGAGCCUGGAGGCUGCAGUGAAGGCUGGGAUACUCAUCCCACAAAGUACAGCAUGUCCAAACACCGAGGACACGAACUUCCUCCAGAAUGUGAAGGUCAACCUGAAAGUCCUUAACUCCCUUAGCCCUAAAGUGAGUUCCAGAAGGCCCUCGGACUACCUCAACCGUUCUACCUCACCCUGGACUCUCCACCGCAAUGAGGACCCUGAUAGAUAUCCCUCUGUGAUCUGGGAGGCACAGUGCCGCCAUCAGCGCUGUGUCAAUGCGGAGGGGAAGCUGGACCACCACAUGAACUCUGUCCUCAUCCAGCAAGAGAUCCUGGUCCUGCGGAGGGAGCCUGAGAAGUGUCCCUUUUCCUUCCGGCUGGAUAAGAUGCUCGUGGGUGUGGGCUGCACCUGCGUUUCCUCCAUCGUCCGCCGUGUGUCCUAA